AAUUUAUGCUGUUUUCGGGAUCCCGAUGGAUGAGAAAAGUUUUUGGAGGGGGUAAAAGAAAGGAAUGUGGAGAAGUUAUAUUCUUUCAUACAACACCUUUAGAAUUAUAUUUGAUUGCAAUCAUCUUUCAUUUAUUGUUUAAAAUUGAUGAAAUGUGUCACUAUUUUAAAGAUAUAAAAAAUGCUUUUAGAGUUCUAUUAAUAAAACUUGCACACAAAUAGAAGUUAUAUUUCUGAAAAAAGAUUUAUAACUCCAAAUAAAAAGAACUCAAAUGAAAAAGAAAACCAAAGUUAAAUUCGGUACAACUGCAAGAAACUGAAAGAACUCAAGCUCUGACAUAAGACGUGAACAGGAUAGAGUGGAAAGAUAUAGGAUGUUUGUAAAAUAUCUAUUAUCACUUUUUUAAAAUCAUAUAUAUAUUUGAAUAAUAAUAGAACGGGCUAAAUUUUUUUUAUUGAUUGAUUCAAUUAAUAAUAAUAUCAAGUAAUAAGUGAUAAUAAAUAUUUUAAAAUGACAAUAAUCACUUUCAUAAGUUAGUGACCUGUCAGUCAGAACUAUUUUGGAUAUAUAGCAGCAGUUAUCCGCAGUUGACAAGCACAAUGCUAUGGAUGAAAAGAUCUUCCACUUGCGUACAAAGAGAAAAUUCUUAAAAAUAUCUCCCACUAUAUAAUCCACUUGGUAUUAUAAAAAAAAUCCAUUUUAUCCAAAAAAAUUUCUUGUCAUGCUCAAAAUAUCUGCUCUUUUAAGUGGUAAAAAGUUUAUUUUUCUUUAUAUAUUAUUUAAACUUAAAGAUUUGAAUUCUAAGCACAUUAAAAAAACAUGGGUUUAGAAAAGAUAUUUCGCAUACUUGAGUCUCAUGUAUUAAAAAAAUUAACAUUAAACGAUAUUAUCUCCAUUAAAUAAGUUUAUUCAAUUUUAUUUAGCAUAAUUAAAAUAUAAAGUUGCCUAAAAAUGUAAUAUUUAAACAUCAAAAUCAACGAGAGUCAAUUAAAGUAAUAUAUAUUUAAUUCUCUUUAAACAAAAUUUUAAGCUUAAAAUUUAUGCAUGUAAAAAACUUUGUUGUGAGAACUGAUUUUCCUGUUGUGUUUAUACUCUCCACUCAAAUAAGAUUGUUCCUAAUGCAAAAAUACGUAUAAUUUAGAUUAAAAAAAAUUCGAAAAUCAAAAUAUUAGUGUUCCAACGUCCUCCAAUAUCUAUUGAAGUACUCACACCACUUCAACUUUUCAAAAAAGAAUAUUGAAGAUUUUUUUAUCUUUAAUAAGUAUAUAUUUGAUUAUUCUUAGACUGUAAGCAAAUAUUUCCUUGUUUUACACUUAAUUUAAAUAUACAAUUAUUUAUAUAUUAAUGGGAAGGUGGCUGAGAAAUACGUAAAAAAAAUAAAAAGAAGAAAGAAAAUCCCUUUGGAUGAAAGCACGAGGAGAGAGCAGAGAAAAUAUUAGAGAGAGGGAGAGAGAGAAAAUGUUAUUUCCAAACUUGCCCCCAACUUUUCUCGCAUUCUCACUUAUGUCCUUUUCUUUUCCAUUCCAUUUCUCCGCUGCAACGCCUGCACUUCGCAACUCCUCUCCUUUUCAAUUUUCAAUUUCUAGGGUUUAAUUCCCCAACCUAGGGUUUUGUUCUGAUCCAAAUGGAACCCCGCGUUGGGAACAAGUUCCGUCUUGGCCGCAAAAUUGGAAGCGGAUCCUUCGGCGAGAUCUAUCUCGGUGCGAAUAUUCAGACAAAUGAGGAGGUUGCGAUUAAGCUCGAAAGUGUCAAAACCAAGCAUCCUCAAUUGUUGUAUGAAUCAAAGUUGUAUAAAAUACUGCAAGGAGGAACUGAGAUCCCAAAUGUGAGAUGGUUUGGCGUUGAGGGACAUUACAAUGUCCUUGUGAUGGGUUUACUGGGCCCUAGUCUUGAGGAUUUAUUCAAUUUCUGUAGUCGGAAAUUGUCCCUGAAAACUGUUCUCUUGCUUGCUGAUCAGAUGGUGGGAUUCCCUGUGUUUUGUAGAUACUUUUCUAAUUUGCAUUUACUGAUUUCUUUUUUGAAUUUCAAGUUAUUAUUGAAAAUAAUUCUCGAAUUUUGUGGGGUCUCUCAGAAUUUCACUUGUUUCAGAGAGAAUAAGAGUUUGACAGGAACUGCUAGAUAUGCUAGUAUGAAUACUCAUCUUGGAAUUGAGCAAAGCCGCAGGGACGACUUAGAAUCACUUGGAUAUGUUCUUAUGUAUUUUUUGAGAGGAAGUCGUCCAUGGCAGGGAUUGAAAGCAGGUACUAAGAAACAAAAGUAUGAGAAAAUCAGUGAGAAGAAAGUUUCUACUUCUAUUGAGUCUCUGUGUUGUGGCUACCCCUCAGAGUUUGCUUCAUACUUCCUUUACUGUCGGUCACUGCGGUUUGAUGAUAAACCAGAUUACGCUUAUUUGAAAAGGCUUUUCUGUGACCUUUUCAUUCGUGAAGGACUUCAGUUUGAUUAUGUCUUUGAUUGGACCAUUUUGAAAUAUCAGCAAUCUCAAAUUGCCAAGCCUCCUGCUUCUCAACACUUGCUGGGUCCCGCUGCUGGACCAAGUUCUGGCAUGCCACAAGCUGUUGUCAAUGCUGAUAGACAGACAGGUGGGGAAGACCGUAGACAUACUGGUUGGUCUUCAGCAGAUCCUACUCAAAGAAGAAAUUCUGGACCUAUUGCAAAUGAUGUAAUAUUAUCAAGACAAAAAGGCCCUUUUACAAAUAACUCAACUGGAUCUAAAGAUGUUAUGUUGUCUAGUUCUAAUUUCUUGUGGUCAAGUGGAUCUACAAGGCGAGGUGCUGUAUCCAGCAGUCGCGAUGCAGUUGUUGGCAACGAGACUGAGCCCCCUCAUCCUCUCACCAGGGAUGCUACUCAAGGAGCACUCCGAAAAAUCUCUGGGGCUCAAAGAAGUUCUCCUAUCAUGCCAUCGGAGCACAACCGAACAUCCUCAGCCAGAAAUACGUCAAACAUGAAGAAUUUUGAGUCAACUCUCCGAGGUAUUGAGAGCCUGAAUUUCAACGACGGGAGGGUACAGUAUUAGGAGCUGCCUCUCUUGAUCAGCUAAGUAAAUUCUUUGAGGUUUUAUACUCUCUUCAUGAACUGCGGAGUGGAGUGUUAUCUCUGCAUUUUGUUGGAGGAAAGCUGGAACAAGUUGGGAAUUGUCACUAUAAAGUAUACACGAAAGAUAUGCUUAUGUGGUUUCCUGACAAACCUGGCCUAUGAAAAGGCUCUUCUGUUAUUACAGUUUGCAUUGUACUCACAUUGUUUCUACUUCACUUUUACUAUUGUUUCCUCUUUCAUAUUAUUCAGCAAUAUCCCUGGCUUUCUUGGCCUUUUCCCCCCCUUUUUUUUUUCGUGGAUAAUCAUGUAUCUUGUUGACAUUCAUGUAUCUUUAAGUUGUUAUUUUGAAGAGGGUUU